AUGGCCGUGCCCCGUACAAUGCUCUGGAGUAACCCACCUCAGCUGGGACCAAUCACGGGGAUCGAACCGCAACCGCUUCAGCAAACUGCUACAGACGCGCGCGCAGAGGCUUCGCGGGACGCAGCUUUCCCGACGGGCAAACGGGGACAGGAGGCCGCGCACCCGUAUCUCAGCGCGUGGGCGCCUCUGGUUGAGCGGAGCGGAAGUCGCGGGCGUGAGGGGAGCGGAAGUCGCGGGCGUGAGGGCAGCGGAAGCCGCGGGCGGGAUAGUGGCGGAAGCCCAGCAACCUCCCGACUGCUUCCGCUCUUCCCCCUUUCAUCUCCCGCCACGGGUUCUACGCCCCCCCUUCCCGCUUUCCCCGCAGCCCCCGCUGGCGCGACGUCUGCAGCAGCGCCUGUUGCGCUGACAGCGCCGAUGGCGCUAGGGGGUGUUCCUCCGGGCUGGGAAGACUGGGCGGCGAUAGCCCUGAUGGCGGAAUUGGCUGGGGGGAUUGGCAGCGCGCCCGUAGCACCCGCAUUUCCCGCGCAACCUCAGCUUAUAUCGGCUUCGUCAGCGCGAAAAACCGGAGCGGCGGCGGAUGAGUCCGAGCGGAACGUGCAGCGUCGGCGGGGUGGGCGGACUGGUGGCAGAGAGCGCUACGACUUGUGGCAAGGCCCGGCGUUUCUUACAGGUUCCGCUUCUGCUUCCGCCUCCGCUCCCGCCGUCGCUUCCGCUUCUGCCGCCGCUUCCGCUUCCGCCUCCGCCGCCGUCACCGCGUUUCCUAGUCAGGCACAUGGACCGAACCUUAAGUCGCUGGGGCGGGAGAGAGGGGAAGGCGGGAGAUUCGGGGACCGUAGUGGCGGGGAUGAGCGCGAGGGAUUGGAGACGGCGCGGUUGCUCAAGCGGCGCUCAGCCUGGGAACCGACACAACGGACUCAACCCUCUCAUCCCUCUCGACCGAUUUAUACCACUCAACCGGCUAAGCCGACCCAAGAGACUCAACCCUUUGAACCUUCUCAUCCCUCUCAACCGCCUCAAAUGACGCAAGCGGAAGGCCUGAUAAGGCGGAGCCUGUCAGUUCCCAGGAGUUUAACUAACCCGCCGCCAAGUGUGGUACGGAGCAGGAGCUGCAGCCGGGCAGCCGUUGGGGAAUUAAGUUACCCGCCUCAGAGUAUUCUCAAGGCCCUUGGUACGCCGGUUAGCAGGGCGCUAGGCAGUGCGGGUACCUCGCGCGGGCAGCGGAGCGAGGGGAGAACUUCCGCGGAUCUGCGGGUGAGAGGGGGCGAGUUCAAGAUUCCGCAGUCGGGGUCAAGAUCAGGGUCUCGGUCGUUGUGCGCCUCUGCGCGCGGAGGCGUUCCUUCCGCCACCGCUCCUGGUUCCGCAAGUGAGCAGGGGCUCCAGAAAGGGGAGGAGGGGGACGGGCGCGGAACCAGGGGAGCGGGAAGCGGGAGCUCGAGCAGCAGGGGGAAGAGCGGCGGGUGGGCCAGCGGCGGGCGAGGGGAGGGGGAGUAUGGUCGGUCGUACAUGAUGGAAGGCGGGGGGGGCGGUGGUGGCAUGGGCGGAAGGGCGCUGGCGGAAGGGGAUGGGCAUGGACGUGCGGGCGUUUGGGGGAACGUCUGGGGAGGAGAAAGGGGAGCGGGGCCUGCUGGUGGAAGAGUAGCAGGCGGAACUGCGGAGGCCGGGGGAAGGAGAGAGGUUGGUAGAGACGCAAGCACAGAAAAGGUUAACAUUCACCCAAGCAAGACGAGUGAUUACGUUCUAGAGUCAAGAAAACAACAAUCCAGCGGCUGCGCCUUUAGUCAAAGCAACAGGAAGCGGCAGCUGGAGGAGCAGGGGGAGCAGGGGGAGCAGGGGAGGCAGGCUGGGGAGGGGAGGCAGGGGGAGCAGGGGGCGGAGGGGAGGCAGGUUGGGGAGGGGAGGCAGGGGGCGGAGGGGAGGCAGGUUGGGGAGGGGAGGCAGGGGGAGCAGGGGGUGGAGUUGCAGGGUCGAAAAUCGCCUGGGUCACGUGUGGAGCGGAGAAAGAGACCUGCGGGGACUCCGCCUGGGGGAACUCCUCCCGCGGGGACUCCGCCUGUUGGUACCCCCCUCCCGCGGACUCCGCCUGGGGGGACUCCGGCUGCUGGAACCCCUCUCCCGGGAACUCCGCCUGGGGGACUGGCGCGGCGGUUUGAGGUGCCUGUGUCGUGCGGAUGGGAGGCGUUUGGCGAGGACGCGGACGGGGAGGAACGGGGGUGCACAGGUGGGGGGGGAGGCGCAGGUGGGGCAGGGACAGGGGCAGGGGGAGAGGAAGGGGUAGGAAUGCGACCAGGGACGGGGACAGGGAUAAUAGGUGGAGACACGGAGUCUAGGAGUAGAGGCCGGGCGGGUGGCUACAGGGAGAAGUGCAGUGCUGUGGAGAGGGAGGGGAGUGGGAGUGGGGAGAAGGGAAGGGAGGGGAGUGGGAAUGGGAGUGGGGAAAAGGAGGGUGGUGGUUGUGGGAAGACGGGUGAGGGUGAGAAGGGGGAGAGUGCGUGGGGGGAGGGUGCGAGGGGGGAGAGUGCGAGGGGGGAGAGUGCGUGGGGGGAGUGUGCGAGGGGGAAGGCAGGAGGCGAGUGGGACGCGUUUGUGCUUGAGAUGACACGCGACACCUCGCUCCCGAAAUUCGUUGCAUCCGGUCCGCUUUUGCAAACCACAGUUGCUCUCACUACUCCUCCAACCCCUUCCUCCCCUGCUGCCACCCUGCCCACUACCGCGACCACUACAACUGCCGACCCGUCUCCUGCUGUCCAACUGUUACACAGCACCCAUCUGAACCGCUCUCUGUGCCGACCAGGCGGCUCACAGGCGGGCUCGGUGCGGCAGCAGAGGAAAGCAGUUGGCGGAUCGUUUGGGGGUUGGGUAAGGGCUGUAAGCCGUGGAAGAUCGGUGGGUCAGCAACAGAGAGUUGGUGAAGCAAGGGAAGGGGACCAACCAAGGGUGGUAAGCAAAAGCAGACCACGGGCAGUAGACCAGGUAAGAACACGCGAGGAGUGUGGAGCGCCCAUGCACGCUGCUGCUGCUGCUGCUUCUGGUGCUGCUGGUGCCCCCCCGGGAUUAGUCGCUGAGGGAAGCACCAAAAGGCUCAAGCUCGCAGUAGCAGAAACAGAAGAGGAGGCUAGGAGAAAAGCUCAAGGCAAGGUCUCAGAGGGCAGGGUAGCUGGGCCUGAAACGGCUGACACGCCUUCCCAGUUGUGCGGUGGUAGCGUGUCAGAGCAGGUUCUGCUGCAAGCUCUUGUAACUGGUGAAUGUAUAGCCAGAGAGGUUGCUGCUGAAGCAGAGCAGGCAACAGCAUGGAAGGCAACGCCAGUGGUUGAUGCUGCAGCAGCUGGUGGUGGUGGUGGUGCUGCUGCUGCUGCUGCUGCUGCUGCUGAAAUAGGAUUGGCGGUAAUGGCACCGAAACGUACCCAUUCUGCAACAGAGCACGCGUUUCUGCCUGCUUUGGCUGGCGCCUAUGAGCCCAAUGAUGAGACUACAGGGCUGAAUAAGGUCAACGAUCCGUACGAGCCCGUGCCAUCUGCUGCUGCUGCUGCUGCUGCUGCUGGUCCUGCUGCUGCUCCUGUUGUCCUUGCUGCCGCUUAUGCUGCCCCUCCUGUCACCACUCGUGCUGUGACUGCUGCUGACCAUCCCAAUACGGAUCUUGCAGCAGCCGCGGGCACUGCUGCCACCUCACCUGGUGCUGCUGCCACCUCACCCGUUGCUGCUGCCACCUCACCCGUUGCUUCUGCCACCUCACCUCUUGCUGCUGCUGCUCCCGCGGCUGCUGCUGCUUCUCUUGCGGUCCUUGCUGCUGAUCUUGCGCCUCUUGCUUUCCCCCCUGCCACUGCUCGUCCUCCUGUCACUGCUCCCCCUCCUGCCACUGCCCUCACCCCCACCACGACACGUCGCCCAAGGGCGAGACCAGAGCCCAUAGAGGUGCCAGCGGGCGACAGUGGGGGUUCAGACGAGCAUGCACUGGCAGUGGCAGCGGCAGCAGAGUCAGAAGACCAGCUCUCCGUUCCUGGGCCUCUCGCACUCCCAGGUGCACAGCAGCACGGGCAGCAGCGGCAGCAACGGCAGCUGGGGCAGCAGGGGCUGUGGCGGCCGCAGUUGGGGCUUCAAGGAGGCGAGGGACGGCAGGGGCAGGCGUUUAGAAUGCCAGGGUUCUGGCAGCAAACGCAAGGGGGAGCAGUGAGGGGAGUAGAGGGAAUGGGAGGAGUGGGAGGAGCGGGGGCAGUAGGAAGAGUGGGAGGGAGAGCGGGUAGGGAAGGAGAAGGCGAGGUGCCCACAGGGUCUCUGUUGAUGCAUCUGAGGGAGAGCCUCGGGGAGGGCGAGGGGUGGACCUCGCAGGGGAGCUUCACAGCGGAUGAAGGGGAGGGGGGGAGCAGUGAGUUCGCAACAGGGGAGGAGGAGGGGAGCGGAGUCGGUGCGUUGGCGGAAGGGGUGGAGAGGAGGGGACGAGAGAGGCAGGGGGACGGGGAGAGGGCGGAGCGGGAGAGGGAGGGAGCGGAGAGUGGGGAGAGGGAGAGACAGGGGGGAGAGGAGAGGGAGGAGAGGCAGAGGGAUGUUACAGGCGUUAGAGGCGGAAGGGGCGUAAGGAACACUAGGGACGUUAGGGGCGUUAGGAACGUUAGGGACGUUGGGGGCGUUAGUGGCGUUAGUGGUAAUAGGCCUAGGGGGCGGAGGGAGAGGGAUAGGCUGGUGCUGCGGUUGCUGCAGGGGAGGGACGGGGGGAGCUCUGGAGGCGGCAGCAGAGGGAGCUUUGAGGCAAGGAGGAGGAGGAGGAGGAGGAGGGCAAGUGGGAGUAGUCCGCAGGGAGAGGCGGGUGGGGGAAGAGGAGGGAACCAGGCCCAGGGGGUGGUGGUAGGAAGCAGGGGAGGUAGGGGAGGGAGGGGCGAGGCAGGGACGAGACUGGGGCAAAGUCCUCUGCAGUUCUCCCGUAGGAGAAGGUUUGUAAGGGAGCAAGGGGCGGGGAACAACGUGAGUGGGCAGGGGGGAGGAAGCAAUGCGAGAGGGCAAGGUGUUGUGGAAGGGCCAGGGGUCUUGGGCAGGGAAGGGGGUGCGGAGAGGGUAGGGGGCGUGGGAGGAUAUGGGCGGAGGCAUGCCAACAGUGGCAGCGGUGGGGUGGGGAGCAACAGCUGCCCUGUCCCUGAUUUAGGGUUUCUUGGAAUUCUGGGCGGGCCUUCAGGUGGAAUCGCAGGUGGUGCUUCAGGUGGAAUCGCAGGCGGUGUUGCAGCUGGGUCGUCAGGUGGCAUUCGUGGUGGUGUUUCAGGCGUUUUGGGUGACGGCAGCGGCUUGGGCGGUAAUGGUCUGGGCGGCAGUGGCCUGGGCGGCAGUGGUCUGGGCGGCAGUGGCCUGGGCGGCAGUGGCCUGGGUGGCAGCGGCCUGGGCGUGGUGACGGAACAGGGCACAGACGAUCAACAGAUAGAGCCUCCCCCUGCUGCAUUGAGGGUAGAGCCUCCCCCUGGAGUAGCAAGGGCAGGAGCAGGAUCGGGGCAAGGGGAAGGGGAAGGGGCUGCUGAGGAAGCAGUGGGAGUGAGAAGUGGUGGAGGUGGGAGGAGGGAAAGCGGGGGAAGGGGAAGCGGGGGGAGUGGAAUGGGGGGAAGGGGAAGUGGGGGGAGGGGAUCAGUGGGGAGGGGAAACGGGGCGAGCUGGAUAGAGCGGUUGAUCGGGCCUCGUUUGGCAUUUGGCAUAAGUGGGGGCGAGAGGGGAGAAGGUGGGGUUGGGAGGAGGGGAGGGGAGCAGGGGUUACUACUAGCAGCACCACAGCAGGUGGCAGGCUUGGGAUUGGGCGGGCAGGAUAUGGAGGGACGAGUGCAACUGGUUCGUGUUGCGAGGGAGGCAGGAGGAGGGGAUAUUGCGGGACUUCGAAACGAAAUGGGUCAGCAGCAGCUAGAGCAGCAGCAGCAGCAGGAGGAGAGACAGCAGCAGGAGAGACAGCAGCAGGAUGAGCAGCAGCAAGUGGGUGCAGCAGAAGCAGCAGAAGCAGCGAAACACUUGGUAGCAAGCAUUCCUCGGUUCUCUCCGUUCCUCACAGGCAGGCGCCAACCGUCGAGGCGGAGAGCAGUGGAGGCAGCAGGAUCGUGCGUUCGUGCACCACCAGCAGCACCAGUGGGAGCGGGUGCGGGAGCGGGAGCAGCAGCAGGAGUGGGAGCGGGAGCGGCUGCGUCAGACUCGAUGUUUGCAGCCAGCAGGUGUGCUGGUGCCUCUGCACAGAAGAGGGCGGUGCCUGGCGAGGUGUGGAGCAGGAAACGCAGAGGCAAACGGCAGAGGAGAUGUGCUGGUGGUGGUGGUGGUGCUGCUGCUGGUGCUGCUGCUGGUGGUGCUGGUGGUGGUGCUGCUGAUGCUGCUGUUGGCGCUGGUGGUGGUGAUGCUGCUGGCGCUGGCGAUGCUGAGGCAAAUCAGCCACCUCAUUUCCGCACUGACUUCUCCCCACCUCCCCACCUCCCCCUCAAUAGCCCCCUCUACCCACCGUCUCUCCCUCCCUCUCCUGGGCCCCAGUCUCUCAGCUGGUCGCACCACUCUGCCAACGUGGCAGCUAUCAGAUCGUGGCUUCAGGAUGCUGCUACGUGGCAUGAGCUGAUUGGACAGCAAGAGCGCGACCUGGGUUUGUCUGGAUGGGUAGAGGGGGAGGUGGAGGAGGAGAAGGAGGAUGCGGGGGAGGAGGAGAAGGAGGAGGAGGUAGAGGAGAUGGAGGAGGAGGGCGAGGAGAUGGAGGAAAUGGAAGGCGAGAGGAGGGAGGAAAGCAGACAGCAGGAGGAAGGGGGAAUUCUCAAGCGAGAAGGAAAGGAGGAGCAGGGAGAGUCGCGGGACUUGGUUAAUCCUACCAGGAGAAGUUUGAGAACUGAACACCAGGAGGAGUUGGAGGUCAAAGUUGGGAAUGGCGUUGGGAUUGGCACUGGGACUGGGAUUGACUCUCCACAGUGCAUGUUCUGUGGGGCGGUGGGGCACACUGUACUGAGGUGCUCUGAAACCCGCGAUGGAGAGGUGCUUGUGCUGGUUGCACGGCUGUGUGACUGGGUUGAGAGCGGUGGAGAGGUGUUGGGAGGAGUUUUGGUGGGAGGAUGUCGGAGUAAUGGGGAAGGGGAAGGGGAAGGAGGGAGGGAGGGAAGAGGGAUGGAAGAAGGAGGGGGCGAAGAGGGGAGUGGGAAGGAGGAGAUGCGAGGAGGGGAGGAGGGAGCAGGGCUGGAGGAGGGGAAGAGGAGAGAGUGCAAAGAGAAGGGUAAAGGGAGUGAGAGGGGUGGUGGGGGAGACGAGGACGGUAAAGGGAGUGAGAGGGGUGGUGGGGGAGACAAGGACUGCAAGAGUGUGGGCAGUGAGGGGAUGGUGGGGGUGGCGAGGAUGGUGAGGGGGGUGAAGCGGGUGAGGAGGAUGGGAUGGACAAAAGAGGAGCUGUACUUUUGUCUUUGGUGCGGGGUGGGCGGCAGCCACUGGGCGGCGGACUGCGCAGUGCUGAAGGAGGAGCGGAGCCUGUUUUCCAUCGGGCCUGAGAUAGCUGUCGCCCUCACUACCCCUGUCGCCCCCUCCCCUGCUGUCGCUCCCACUCCCCUUACCAACCCCAAGCUUCCUGCCGGCCCCACUGCCCCUGCCGGUCCCACUGCCCCUGCCGGCCCCACUGCCCCUGCCGGCCCCACUGCUCCUGCUCUCCCUGCUCCUCCAGUCCUUCCUGAGCCCCUCCCUCCCCUUGCUGCUCUGCCUGACCUGACUCCUGCUGCUCCUAUCCCUGCUGCUCCAGAGGAGCUUGCAGGGGGGGCACACAACAGCCAGAGCAAGGCUGCCAUCCCUGUGGACCCCUUGCUUUGGCGUCAGGUUCGGCAGCCCCAGUGCCAGGUCCGGCACCAGAUUCGGUGUAUGACUGGGCGUGGCUGCUCACAGCCAGGCAGCCGGCUCGGACGCACGAAGCGCAGCAGCAGGCUCGGCAGCAGAGGGGCCCAAGUGGGGAGGCAUGGGAUUGGGAGAUGUGGGGUGGGGAGGGUCGGCAGGGGAAUGGAGGAGAAGGGCGACAAGUGGAGGGAGAGGAAGUGGGGAAGGAAGGAGGAGCAGGUGUGGGAGAAAGAGGAGAAGCGAGGCUGCCUGGUGUGCUAUUGGAGGCAGUGGAAGGGGCUCGCCUGUCCAGGAGAGACUUUCAGAGGUGCGUGUGUGGUGGGUGGGGAAGAUGAGUGGGUUGCAGUUGUGGGGAAAAGAGAAGGAGCAAAGCUCCCUGGUGUGCUAUUGGAGGCAGUGGAAGGGGCUCGCCUGUUCAGGAGAGACUUCCAGAGGUGGCAAGCACAGGGCGAGCUGUCAGCACAGGCAACCGGGCGCUUCUUGCUCCCACUUCAUGCUCCUUCUCAGGCGCAGGGCGAGCUGUCAGCGCAAGCAACGGGGUGCUUCCUGCGGCUGCGGCUGGGCAGGAAGGGCGAGCACAUGGGCGGCACAGGGUACUGCAUGGGACGAAUCACAGCUAUUUCCAGCAUGAGCAAGAAACCACCCACAGCAGGCGCAGGGGCAGGAGGAGAGGGGGAUGCUGCAGGGGCAGCCAAAGGAGGCCUGACAGGGCCAGCAGGGGCAGGCAAAGAAGAUGUAGCAGGGGCAGCAGCACUGGAUGUGGAGCUGUCGUCGUGUGUGGACUCUUUGCCUCUUGCUCUCGUGGUGGACCUGGGCGAUCGAGAGUACACAGUGGAUGGCCAAUUCCUCUCCAACAAGCCAUUUCUUGAGGUGGAGGUCUCUGAUUGGUGCGAGAAGAUGUGGAGGCGUGGGGGGAGUGCACUUCUUGACUCAGGUCCAACGGCCAACAGCUUAUCGGACAUGGGAAGAGAGCUAGAGGAGCUUCGAGCGAGCUACCAACAGGUGUGCGAGGAGAGGGACGCCUUAGAGGACCUGCUACUACAGGAGCAGCUCAAGAAUGGCACCCCUGCUGACAAGCAAGUGGAGGAGGCGAGGGCACAAGCAGCAGCGCUGGAGAUGGAGCUGCAAGCCAUGGCCUCUCGCUGCGACGAGUGGAAGCGGCGGGCGGGCGAGAGGGCAGCGGAGAUGAAUCCCGUGUUGGUGCAGGCGCUGCUGGAAGAGCGACUGGAGGAGCUCGAUGACUCUGGCGUGCUCGCCCUGCAGGUGGAGUGUGCUCGUCUGCGGGACGAGCUGGCCAAAUCCGAGGUGUUGCGCUUUGAGCUCUACCGCAGCCUGGAGCAGGGCGCAGUGGAAGUGGAGAGCCGGUGGGAGUCAGAGGCGUCUGGUAUGUCACCAGCGAGAGAAGGCAGCUUCAAGAGCAGAGACGCAGAGAGGCACAGCAACGACAGUGAUGAGGAUGCACCAGGCCGAUCAACCACCCCUGUCAUGAUGGAGUGUGACGAGUCAGUGGUGCAGGAGCUUCUGGAGCUGGGCCAGGCGUCGCUCACUCAGGAGGACGUCACUCGCCUCAUGGAGACCGUGGAGGUGCGCUUGGAGGGUGUGUGGGGAGGUGGAGGCUGUGAGAGGGGUUGUGAGAGUUAUGGGCGGGAGAGGCAUCAGAGAGGCGGGCAGAGAAGGUGCGGAAGGAAGGAAGCUUCUUCCUCCCUCCCUCUUCCCACCCCUGCAACCUCUGUGCUAGUCUGUCUUUGGCGCCUCCCUCCCCCACAGGCAGCAGAGAGGCGGGCAGAGAAGGCAGAGAGGGAGGCAGAGCAACGAGCAGUGCAGGUGCAGCUGCUGGAGGCGAAGAUGGCCGCCAUGCUGGUAUGUGAUGCUGUGCGGUGGAAUGUGGUGAGGCAAGAACGUUCAUGUGUGAACGCCAGCCCCAUGGACGAGCACAAGCGCUCGCUCGCCCUCCCUCGUGUCAUCCUCGCCCUCCCUCGUGUCAUCCUCGCCCUCCCUCGUGUCAUCCUCGCCCGUCUUCACUCCCCAUGGACGAUCACAUCACAAGCACUCCCCCCUCCCUCCCUCCCUCCCUCCCUCCCUCCCUCCCUCCCUCUUCCUCUCCAGAACUCCUGCCCUAUGGACGAGCACAAGCGCUCGCCGUCCCUCGUGUCCUCGUCGCCCAUCUCCUUCCGCCUCUCCCCCGUGGCCUCCUCCUCCUCCCCUGACCCCGCCUCCCUCACUCGCUCCAGCAGCAGCAGCGCCACCUCCCAACACAGCCAGCAGCAGCAGCAGCAAGCCCUCUUCCAGGAGCAGCAAGCAGGGAGGCAAAAUCAAGACGAAAGGGAGCAAUUACCACAGUUGAGCGGAAGAGGGGACAGAGUAGCAGGAGGAGUGGAAGGCGAAUUAAAUGGAGCAGCUCUGGGCUCGAAGUUUACUGGAAGAGGCACGGCGGAAGGUGGAGUGGUGGCAGCAGCAAGAAAGGGAGGCGACUUGACGCAUGAAGCAGUGGUCAGAAGAGGCGCUCUGGGUGUGGUUGUGGAUAGAAAUCCAAGGACAAAACCAGAGGAGGAGCAGGAGCAGGAGGAGGUGGAGGAACGGGAGGAGGAGGAAGGGGAGGAUGGGGUGGAGGAGUUGAGGCAAAUGAUGCCAUCUGGCCAUUCCACCGCCACCCAACGGCAUCAGCCGCCCCAAUGUGUUGAUGAGGCGCCUGGAGAUUGA